AUGCCCCCAAUUACGUGCCAUAUUCUUGAUACCACCAAGGGGAAACCAGCCUCCAAUGUCACUUGUGCCUUGUACCAACUAUCAGCGAACCCAGAAUAUUUGACCAAUGACUCGAUUGACCAAGAAGUAAUUGCCGUCCCUAACGACGAUUUCAAAGGCGAAAUUCCAUUUGCCGUGGCACGUACUAAUGAUGAUGGAAGAAUCCCACAGUGGAUAAUCAAUGGGAAGUCCAAUAAACUUGAGGCGUUGGGAAUAGACUCAAAAAGCCUUGAAUGGCACACUUUGAAGCCAGGAGUUUACAAGAUUAGAUUCCACACGAAACAAUAUUUCAAUGCCAAUAGAGAUGAAUUAUUAACUAGAACAUUCUUCCCAUUUGUGGAUAUUCAUUUUGUUGUCAAUAAUCCGCCAGAUAAGCAUUACCAUAUUCCGUUACUACUUUCCAACCACAGUUACACAACUUACAGAGGAAGCUGA